AUGGCAAACUCGUACGACGCAAUUUCCGAACGGCGGCCGUCGCAAGCCUCGGAUAUCUCGGAUUGCUCGUUGGGCUCCAGGAGCCGCCCGCCCGCCCGGCCCGUGCACAGCAUGGCCACAGUCGACCCUGCAGCACCCUCCGCCAAGCGCAGCAUGCUGCUGGGCGGCCUGGCCCUGUCCAUCUGCAUCGUCUCGUUUGUCUUCCAGACAACAAUCACCCGCAAAGUUCAAGAGUCCUUCUCGGCGCCCUACUUCAUUCUCUGGGUCUCGCAUACGCUGUGGAUCGUGCUAUUGCCCAUGCACACGGUCUUUGAGAAGCUGAAGCGCCGGCCGCGCUCGCUUUCUGCGCUGAAGGCCGAGGUUCUGGUUGGGUGUGCGAAAAUUGUCGUGCAGCUGAAGGGCAGGAGCUCGGCUUAUCGGCCCAUCCAGGGAAGUGACCAGGAUAGGGAGCAGCGUGGCGGUCAUGCUGAUGUGCAGGGUGUGCGGCGGCGGCACAAGCUGACCACCGAGGACGACAAUGAAGAGCAGAUUGGCCAGCAAGCCGGGCUGCUGAACGCCUCGGCCUACCUGUGGUACGCAGCACUGAACUUUUCGAGCAUGUCCAAGGUCACCGCCAUCUACAAUAUGUCAUGCUUUUUCGCCUAUCUCUUCUCGAUCCUGCUACUGCACGAGCGCGUGCGUCUCUCCAAGUGCAUUGCUGUCGGCAUCAGCAUCAUCGGCGUUAUUGUCAUGGAAAAUGCCGCUGCCCUGCGCAGCAACGAGCUCUUCGGCGACCUGAUCUCGCUGUGCUGCGCAUGCGGUAUCGGGCUGUAUCAGGUUUUGUACAAAAAGUACGCCGUCCCCUCGGGCUUCCAUUCGCUGUAUCCAUGUCAACUUCAUGACAGCCCUGCUGGGCUUCUGCACCGUUUCGCCAUAUAUUGGUUCCCGGUGCCGCUGCUCAAUGCCCUAGGCAUCGAGCCGUUCCACUGGCCGGAUCGCGAGCAGCUCUGGUUUAUCCUGGCUAACGCCUUCUUUGGCAUUGCCUACAAUGGCGCGUUCAUGAUUGCUCUGGCGCUGACGUCUCCUCUGUUUGCUGCCAUUGGCGUUAUGCUGACUAUCCCAGUCAUGGCUGUUGUCGAUAUGGUGCUGCAGGGGCAGGUGCUGGCGUGGAAUGUGCUGCUGGGUGGCCUCGGUAUCCUUGCCGGCUUCUCCGUGCUCACCUUUGCCGAGUACCAGGAGACUAUGCGCAAGUCCCAGGAGGAAGACUCUAGCGACGAUGCCGGCUCCAACCAAACCAACCUUUGA